UUGAAAUUCAAAUAUAUCGAUAACAUUUCGAUAAAUAACAAUAUUUUGUUUACCGACUGGUGCGGCAAAGCGAAGCGAGUUAGUUAUUGACUACCUGCGCGACGAAUCCGCGUAUCACCCCAAAAAUAUUCAAUUCGGAAGAAGCGGAUCGCUGACAGGUCAGCAAUCAACAGGCAGAGCGAUUUGGCCAUAUUUGUAAUGCUCGACUAUAGGUCGACACUGCAUAUAAGUACAGCACGUUCAACGUACAACAUGGACAGAACUUCGGAUGCGGAUGCGUGUUCAAUGUCUUCGCUAGAAAGCGAGAGUGAUUUAUCGCUGGCCCUUGAGCACGACAUGGGCCAACCGGUCGACUGUGAUGAGCUGCCCGCUUUCGAAAUACGGGCUUACUCUCCUCAUGGGCGCACGCCGUCGCCAAUUGAUGAUUUGAAUGCAUCGGACUUGGAAACGCCAAAGCAGCUGCCGUUCCAACAGCAGCGCAGUCCUGGGCGUCAGAAUAAUCCAGAGUUUGUGGCCUUGCACGAGAUCAAUGCACAAAUUAGUGCACCCAACAACAACGAAAAUGCAGAUGACUCAACAGUGGGCCUCAAGCAUGCCAACAGCUUGGAAACCAUUUUUGAAGGUGUCUUUUUGCACACACCGCCGCGUGAAAAGCUGAACAAAAGCGCAGGUUAUGGCUCGAAUCCUAACUCAGCAAAUCGCUACACACCAAAACGCAGUCGCGCUAAUUUGAUGGAAUUGGUGGCCAUGAAUCGUCUGCACCUUGAUGGACAGGAAAAUCAAUCGCCAAGCAAGCAGCUGCAAGACGAGCUCACCUAGUUUCCGUCCUUGGGGCAACUGGGGCCCAAACCAAAGCCAUAUAUGACACAUUUGCUUAGACUGCCACAGAUUUCCUAGAUAUAAGAAUUUACGUACACUUUGUGUAUCUCAAUGUAUAAGCAUUACUUUUAUAUAAUUUUAUAUUCUGGAUGCUGAAUUUAAAUAGUAAAACAUCUGUCUUUCCAUGUUUUAAACAUU